AUGGCUUGUUCUAGCGGUGGUGAUCAAGGAGCUGAAUCUAAAUGCUCCAUCAAGCGGGAUCCUAAUGGGUACUUUAACAACCCAUUUCCUGAAUUCAAACUCAUGUCUCCUAUUGACCUUUUUAAGUUUUUCAGGAGUAAGGACGACACUAACUUGCCUUCUCAAGAGUCGAAAAUCGAUCAGACUUUGCCCUUUAAAAAAAAUUUCGAUGAUGUUGAUUCAAAAAGCCAGAACACCGUCACUUGGAUCGGACAUGCAUCAUGUUUACUUAAAAUGUCUGGAAUUUACGUUCUGACUGAUCCAAUAUUCAGUCAGUAUUGUUCAGCUGUCCAAAACAUUUCCAGCAAAUUCAAACGAUUCCGUCAACCUGGAUUGAGUCUUAAGGAGAUGGAUAAAGUGGAUGCGGUUGUUAUCAGUCACGAUCACUACGACCAUCUUGACUAUAAUUCUGUUAUUGAUAUAAACAAGAGAUUUCCUUCCUCACAAUGGUUUGUACCUCUUGGUUUAAAGAGUUGGUUUGAAGGGCGUGGUAUACGAUCUGAGAGUAUCCAUGAGAUGAAUUGGUGGGAAGAAAAAUCCCACACUUUUCAAAAAGGCAAGUUGACGUUCACGUGUCUUCCAGCGCAGCACUGGUCUACGAGAACAGGGAUUUUUAAGAAUUAUAGUCUAUGGUGCGGUUGGCGGGUGAUGUCGAGUGAAAGGAAUGUUUACUUUGCUGGUGAUACUGGCUACAAUGAUAGAAUCUUCAGACAGAUUGGUAAUCACUGUGGACCUUUUGACCUGUCUCUGAUCCCAAUUGGAGCAUAUGAACCUAGGGAGUUCCUAAAAUGUCAGCAUGUAAACCCUGAAGAAGCUGUUAAAGUUCAUGAUGAGGUGAAUAGUAAAUUAUCUCUGGGGAUCCACUGGGGUACCUUUAAACUAGGAAAGGAGCACUAUCUAGCACCACCAAAGGACUUGAAAGCUGCCUUAGAGGCUGCUAAUAUUGAUGAAGCUAAGUUUGUGACCUUCCAGCACGGGGAAUGUAGGGAAUUUUAA